AAAUGAUUUUGGGGAAAUCCGACUGAUAUGAAAUUCAAAUAUAGGCGAAUAUCAAUAUAUCAUUAUUUCCUAUACUACAAGAAAAAUCCAUACUCCCAAGUCAUGGUCAAAAAUUACUAUUUAUUAUUCUUGCCAGAUCUCUUUUUUUGUUUGAGGAGUAUAAACUUCUCGAAAUAAAAUUAUCUGAAUUUUUGAAUCUUGUUAUCUUAUUAUAAAUAUGAAGCGGAUUUCUCAGGAAACAUUUUCUAUAUUGUAGUUAUCGUAAAUAAGAAUGGCUUCAAGAAAGCUGGUACAUAUUUUUCUUCUAACGAUCAUAUUUUAUACAAUCAAAGGUGAAAAACUUGAUGAUAUGAGUUGGCAACCUGGUGAUAUUAUCAAAUGCAAAUUAUCUGGUGCUGCAGGUUUUUUUGGUUUCAAACAUUACAUGAUAGGGGGUGAUAAACCAAACCAUGUGAUAUCUGUUUUCAAUGAUGGAGCUAAUGGCGUGAUCUCCGACAUACAUCACAUUUACUUCACAUCUGGCAUUAACAGAGAUAAAUGCGAGAACUAUGGAAAAGGAUCACUAUCUAGGGAAGAGACGAUAAAAAAAGCUCAAAGAAUGGUAGGAACAACUUUCACAUAUGAUUUGUCCCUUUGUAAUUGUCAACAUUUUACAAAUUAUUGGGCCAAUGGCUCAUCUGGAAAAUGGUAUAACAAUCAAUCACUCCGAAGUUCAGCUGACUAUUGUCCAGUAUAAUAUGAGAAUUAACUUAGAUAAAAAAAAUUGAUCUGGAACUAAAAUAGUUGAUUUGAUAUCAUCCUUUGACAAUGUUGUAGAAUGAAUUCAUGAAAUAUUCUUGAAAUAAAAACGCUUUCGUAUUUUA